AGUGCUGCGCCUCGCCUCGCCCCGGUGCUCAUCGCCGCCAUGGGCCGGCCCCUCGGCGCCCCGCCGCCGCGGUAGUCCGCCGGGAUGAGCCGCUGGCCGCAGUGCCAGAGCGGCCCCAACGGCACGGAGCCCGGCGCCAUGCGGCAGCAGCGGGGCAACGGGACGGGGCGGGCGGCGGAGGGCUGCGGCGCCGUCUCGGUGGCGUUCCCGCUGACCAUGAUGAUCACGGGCAUCGUGGGCAAUGCCCUGGCCAUGCUGCUGGUCUCCCGCAGCUACCGGGCCAAGGAGAGCCGGCGGAAGCGGUCCUUCCUGCUGUGCAUCGGCUCGCUGGCGCUCACCGACCUGCUGGGGCAGCUGCUCACCAGCCCCAUCGUCAUCUCCGUCUACCUGUCCGACCGCGCCUGGGAUGUCGUCGACCCCUCGGGCCACCUCUGCACCUUCUUCGGCUUCAGUAUGACCGUCUUCGGCCUCUGCCCGCUCUUCAUCGCCAGCGCCAUGGCCGUGGAGAGGACGCUGGCCAUCCGCGCACCCCACUGGUACGCCAGCCACAUGAAGACGCGGGUGACAAAGACGGUGCUGCUCGGCAUCUGGCUGGCCGUGUUCGCCUUCGCCCUCCUGCCCAUCGCCGGCCUGGGCCAGUACAGGCUACAGUGGCCCGGCACCUGGUGCUUCAUUAGCACCGGCGACAGCCAUCUCACCGGGAGCCUCGUCUUCGCCUCCACCUUCGCCAUCCUGGGGCUCCUUUCCCUCGUGGUGACCGUGGCGUGCAACCUGGCCACCAUCGAGGCCUUGGUGUCUCGUUGUCGGACCAAAGCGACUGCAUCGCGCUCCAGCAAGCAGUGGGGGCGAAUCGCCAUGGAGACACUGAUCCAGCUCUUGGGGAUCAUGUGUGUCCUCUCAGCCUGCUGGUCACCGCUGCUGGUCACGAUGUUGAAGAUGAUCUUCAGCCACGCAUCGUUGGAACACUGCAAGCAAUUCUCCGGUGACGCCCAAAGCUCCGAACUGCACAGAGAAUGCAAUUUCUUCCUGACAGCCGUGCGCUUGGCCUCGCUAAACCAGAUACUGGAUCCAUGGGUUUACCUGCUGCUCAGAAAGAUCCUCCUCCAGAAGUUCUGUCAAGCAGCCAACGCUGUCUCCAAGUGCUCCAACAACGAGUGGAAAGAGAGAUCGAUCACCUUGUCAGAGGAAAUCCGACGGACAGCGGCGUGAAGGAACAUCCAGCCAUUUGCAUGGAAGCUGCUUUUGCCAACGAGCAGUUUUAAAUCUUACUGUGAAUUGGGGUGUCUGUAGCAGGUUAGCAUCCGCAUAAAUAGCUGAAAGUGAUAUUACAGAGUGGGCUUCUAGUGCCAAAUGAUUAUUUAUCCAAUGUGCCAAAAAUUCUCAAAUACAGAAGAAGGAAUUGGUUUUGUUUCUACAUUCCGUUGUUACCGCCAUUCGUAACUGAGCUGCAGAACAUGACGUUUUGCGUGCGUAAAAUAGAGUUUGGAGGGAAUUUUCUUGUGUUAAGGUAGAAAAAAUGGUUUUCCUAUCAGGGGACAGAUUCAGCAGAUUAAAUUACUGAAGAGAGCCACUCCUAUACAUGUUUUAAUACUCAGAUUAUCGCCUUCAGAGAGUCCUUCUUCCUCCAUUUUUCCAGAGGGACAAGGGGAGAAAGGGGCAAAAAAUCGAAGAAUUAAAGGAAGACAAACUUAGGAGACUUUAUUUGGAUUUCAGUGGCUUAAAACCGAAAAGGUUGUGUUGCACCGAUGAUGGUGCAUCAUUCUCCUUUGGGAGCCGAAGGUGGCACGAGUCUCGUGACACGUGGAUUUGUCCUGAUAAAUCCUCAUUCUGCGCGGAUGCUAAAGUAGGCUCAUGUGCCGAGGAGGCCGGAGCAGUGGGGCAAACAGCACAAGUGAGAAAUCCCGGGGGGGUUCAGGUAGCAGCCCGUGAAGUACCCAGGCAUAACAAGAAUUGCUGUUCGUAAAGCACACUAUAAAACUGCUCUGAGCAGAUGGAGAGAGUGCUAAACAGGUUGUAACAGACAGGAAAUGUUCUUCUUCCUCUAGAUUAAUGGCAAGGGUUUACAAAGCCCAAAAUACUGUUUUCGUAUGAGUUGUUUUAUUUGGAAAUGCACAUGUCCGGGAAUAAAAUGAACAUCGAAUGGUUUUUAAGUAAUGGGGAUGCCGCUCAAAACUUCUUCAUUACUAAAAUGCCCUACAAAGUGGCCAAAAUAGUACCCCAAGGUUCUUUCUUUAUUUCUUCUUUCCUCCAAAAAGACAAAUUUGGGAGAUAUGGCAGCUUUGGGAAUUUUUGAAAUAAAGCAGACAGAAGAGGUGGGUAGAAGUGUGUGCGUUAGUCAGGUCUUUCCCCCAAGUAACUUCCAGGUUUUAUUGGAGAACUGAGUUCUCAUCCAUCCGUGUCACAUCCAAAGUUUAUUUUUAAAAGGGCUACAUCUUUUCCUCGUUUUCUUCACCCAUUUGCAGAUGAUAGCCUCUGUCGUCUCCUGUUUCAUGGCCUUUUCGGUGAAAUUAGAUGCAAAUAGAAUAAAAUGCAAUCUAUCGUAUAGGUGUACACCAUGUACUAUGUGCCAUACAGUAUCACAUUCAGGGCCCCUAAAGGCAAAUGUAAUCCUGCAUCUCCUAGGAAUUCCUUGCACAGAACCUCUUUCAUUUCUCUUCCUUUGUUUAUAAAAGUAGCUACUCACUUUUCUUGUUCUGCUGCCGCGUUGUCUAAUUCCUUAUCUUCCUAUCAGUCAAACAAAAAUAAUUAAUCUGACAGCAGAAACCACUGUCUACAUAAAUCUAAUUUUAUCUGGGUGGCAUUCGAGCGCAACCUAACAGCUAAUGUCUGUCUUUUUAAUUCAAGAGCCAGCCUAAAACCAGAGGCACGUUUUGUAAGACACUGCCUGCUUUUUAUCAGUACUCAUCACCUUCUUCAAUUUAAUGAAAUAAAUUCCUUUUUCUGUUACUGUGCGUGAGCCGGUGUUGAGCACAACGACCGUGCGCGUCCACGUGUCGACGGUGCUGCUAGCCCCAGCUCAUUUACUGACCAGCACUUUGGGGAACACGCUGAAAUAAAAAUUUUACUCGUUCUUUUUGAAAAAGUGCCUUGCAGGAUUCAUGCUUUUUUAAAAAAAUUAUCUCAGAAUAUAAAAAGCCUGUUCUUCUGUCCAGAGCAUUCGUCUCGUUCAGUUUGUGUACAUCAGCUUUUCCAAACAAAUAAACAAAUCCGGUCGCUUGUAAAAUAUGUCAGGAUGACCUUAACAGCCAGACUGAAUCGCUCUCGGUCAGGACCUCUCUGAGCGGCGGCACUUGCAGAGCGCACAGCUCCUCCGGGAUGCUGAGCGGGACGCACGGAGCGCCGCGAGGACGUCGGGAUGGGACUCAGCCCGGCCCCUCUGAGCAGCUCUGCGGGGCUGGGUGCCAUUCUUCCCGCGGGCGGUCGCUCAGGUAUGUGGGCACGGGGCACGGCUCACGCACGGAGACGGCUGCGGGCAGGGACCCGCAUCCGGCGCUGGAGGAACCGUCUGUGGGCUGGUGGUCCCUCAGUGUCGGGGUGGUCCCGCUUCAGUUCACUGCAAAUCAUUCGGUGAGGCCAUGCCUUUUUUUAGUGAAACAGGACACUUUUACGUUUGGGAAAAAGGCAGUUCUGCCCAUCUGGGGGUGCGGUAAGGUGAAGAGGUUACUUUAAGUAUCAGAAAAUGGGAAGGAAUGUCUGCUUUCAAAUUGUUUACAGAGGAGGGGUUGAAGCACUAUUUGCCAGCCAUGGCUGCCGUAACGGGACGCGGCUGGGGGAACGCACUUUCACAAACCAAUUCAAAGAGCUUAAGCGUAAAUGAAAGCUUUUAUUUCCCAUUUCCUUGUCUGAGUGGGAAGGUGUAUUUUUGUUGCAUUUCUUCAAAGAUGCCUUCGAUGUGAUGUAUUUAAAUUCCACUACAGCAGCGUUUCUAAUACUGGGUUUAAUAUGUUGUACUUCUGUCAAAGAUGUUAUGGGAACCGUAGCAUAUGGAAAACCGAUUUUGAGAUCAUUGUUCACCUUAAAAACUAGCUUGUUCGUGUACCAAAUCCAUGUGUGUUGCAUCAGUCAGAAUAAAAGUUCGGCA